AGUCGGUGUGCGCCGGGCGGCUGGGUCGCUUCUGUUUGCAGUUGCCGCGGAGGGCAGGGAUCCGGGAACUGGGCAGGGGCAGCGCUUAGAGCGGCGGGGCCAGGAGGUCAGGCCGGAGGUUUAGGGCGGCGUGGCCAGGAGAGUUGGCGGCCGCGCCGUCGGGGCCGCGCCGAUCCACGCCCGGAGCCUGCAUGGGGCGGCGGCGCUGAGCUCCAGCCGCCCCACUGCUGCUGCCGCUGCCGCGCUCCCGCCCCGGCCCCGCCAUGGCCGAAGCACCACAGCUGGUGGACAUCGACCCCGACUUCGAGCCGCUACCGCGGCCCCGCUCUUGCACCUGGCCUCUGCCUCGGCCGGAGUUCAACCCACCCAGCUCGGCCACUUCCAGCCCGGCGCCGUCGUGCGGCGGGCAGCCCGAGGGGGCGGCCGGGACCGCGGCCGGGGCCGGGGCAGCCGCCUCUGGAGCGCUGAGCGCCGACUUCAUCAGCAACCUCAGCCUGCUAGAGGAGAGCGAGGACUUCGCGUCGCUGCCCCCCGCCGCUGCUCCCCCGGAGGCAGCCGCUUGCCGCUGCGGGGACUUCCCGGCGCCCGAGGCCGGCUGCCGCCUCCACCCGCCGGGACCGCCGCCGGUGCCGCCGGUGCCGCCGCCCGUGGCCGGUCUAUCACCAGGCCCCGUGGCCGGGCAGCCCCGCAAGAGCAGCUCAUCGCGUCGCAAUGCCUGGGGCAACCUGUCCUACGCGGACCUCAUCACCAAGGCCAUCGAGAGCUCCCCCGAGAAGCGGCUCACCCUCUCCCAGAUCUACGAGUGGAUGGUCAAGAGCGUCCCCUACUUCAAGGAUAAGGGCGACAGCAACAGCUCGGCCGGCUGGAAGAAUUCAAUCCGUCACAACUUAUCUCUGCACAGCAAGUUCAUCAGAGUGCAGAAUGAGGGAACAGGGAAGAGUUCCUGGUGGAUGCUCAAUCCUGAAGGAGGAAAGAGUGGCAAAUCUCCUAGGAGGCGAGCAGCGUCCAUGGAUAACAACAGCAAGUUUGCCAAAAGCAGAGGCAGAGCUGCCAAGAAAAAAGCAGCCCUUCAGUCUGGUCAAGAGGGAAAUGGUGACAGCCCUGGAUCACAGUUCUCAAAGUGGCCUGCAAGUCCCAGCUCUCACAGUAACGAUGACUUCGAUAACUGGAGUACAUUUCGACCUAGAACUAGCUCUAAUGCUAGUACAAUUAGUGGAAGACUUUCUCCUAUUUUGCCAGAGCAAGAUGAUCUUGGAGAUGGGGAUGUGCACUCCGUGGUAUACCCAUCAUCAGCAACCAAAAUGACUUCUACUCUACCCAGCCUUUCAGAGAUGAGUAAUUCUGAGAACAUGGAAAAUCUUUUGGAUAAUCUUAAUCUCUUGUCACCUAAUACAUCAAUGACUGUGUCAACCCAGUCUUCAUCUGCUACCCUGAUGCAGCAAACACCAGGUUACUCAUUUGCAUCCUCAACCACAAGUAUAGGCUCACCAAAUCCAGACUACAGGAAAUUUACUUAUGCUCAAGCUAGCAUGAACUCUUUGUCCCAGAUUCCUAUGCAGACUCUCCAAGACAGUAAAUCAAGCUAUGGAUCGAUGAGCCAAUAUAACUAUCCUGGACUUUUGAAGGAGUUACUGACUUCCGAUUCUCCGCCGCACAAUGACAUCUUGGCAUCAGUAGACACUGGUGUUUCCCAGGCUGGUGGCAGGGCGCUGGGCCAAAGUGUGCUGAUGGUCACUAACUCAGUGAUGCCAACUUAUGGCAGCCAACCACCCCACAACAAAAUGAUGAACCCUAAUGCCCGCCCUCACCAAGGACAUAACCAGCCAACACCUGCGGUUAAUGGCCGUGCCUUGUCACACACAGUGAACACCAUGUCACACACUUCAGGUCUAAAUCGCUUGUCGACAGUGAAGACUUCGUUACAAGUGCCUAUGAGUCACCCAAUGCAGAUGAAUGCUAUGAAUCCGUAUGCCCCCGUUAACAGCUGCAACGGCUACGGAAGGGUGGGAAUUGUUUCCCUCCACCAGGAGAAGCUUCCCAGUGACUUAGAUGACAUGUUAAUUGAACGGUUGGAUUGUGACAUGGAUUCGAUUAUCCGUAAUGACCUUAUGGAUGGAGAAACAUUAGAUUUUAACUUUGACAGUGUAUUGCCUAACCAAAGUUUUCAGCACAGCGUAAAGACAACCACACACAGUUGGGUGUCAGGCUAGGAUGUAGUAGGAGGUGAUGGUUAAAUUCUCCAGACUUGUCUGACAGCAGGAACUGAGAAAAGCAGUACAAAGACGUCCUUCACCUUUCUUUUUAAUUUUCUUGACAAAGCUGUGCGCAUGCACUAACUUUUUUUUGAGUCUUUUUUUUUUUUUUUCUUUUUUUCUUCCUUUCGUCAGAGUUGGCAGCAGAGAGAAUAUUUUCCUGUACAGGAUGUUUGCCCAAGGUUUGCAGGUUAUGUGCUGCUGUAGAUAAGAACUGUGCCAUUGGAAAUUUCAUUACUCUGAAGUGCCAAAUUCACUACACCAUAUAAUCACAGCAAAGACUCUUACUUACAUCAUGUCGUGCUUUCGGUUUUGUACAGUAUGAUCUGUAGAAGAAGAAUUGUUUUCUAAGACUAUCUGUUUUGGUCCAAGAAAAAUUUAUAAAGUUUUGUAAGAAUACUGUGAUGAUCUCAUGCCCUAAGUAAGUUUAACCUUUGUUGAUGUUACCUGUGUUUUGAUGAAUUGAGAUAACUGUGGACUUGCCUUGCAGCAGUAUGAACUGCAUUAUUUUACUCAAAAUUGCCACACAUUUCAUAUGGGAAUAGAAUAGCCUGUUAAAUACGAUCCUACUAAACUCACUGACUUUUCAAGGCAAACUGUAGGUUAAAUGCCAUUUGGUAAGUUACCUGUAUUCGUGAAAAUUUAUGCAAGAAUAUAUUUCAUUGUCAGACUAAUGACUUUAUUGUUGGGCUUAAGAUGAUUUUUGGAAUACUUUCCAAGCUAUUUUUCUUAUAAUUAAAAUCUACUUUUGUUACAUAGGCAACUUAAAAAGAAAAUAAAUCUGAGAUCUGGCAGCAUUCA